UACUCAGCCUUAGUUUCCUCAGUUGGGUGGGCCUAGUGGAGUUGGGUGGGCCUAGGUCCUGGCUCCAAGUUGGACACCUGCCUUCCCCUCACCUUGUCAGCCUCAGUCUCGCUCCAGCCCAAGCCAGAGAAGGGGCUUGGGAGGGUAAGGGCCAGGACUCACAUCUCUCUUGCUGGCGACACCGCUGGCUUGGAGCAGACGCGGCCGCUUUAAGGCGCGGUGACCCCAUGGCAUCCUUGAGCGGGGCGGGGACAGUGCGGGCGCCUGCUGCAUCAGCCCAGGCGAAUGAGAGGGAGGUUGUGCGCAGCGUCCGGCCCCACCAUGCUGACCGCGCUCGCCCCGCCAGCCCUGUCCGGGCUCCCAGGUCAGCUGCCCGCUGCCCCCGCGCAGCGCCAGGACUCCUCCGGUUCGUCAGGUUCCUACCACACGGCUCCGGGUUCUCCAGAGCCCCCGGACGUUAGGCCGGACGAGGGCUGGGCGAAUUGGCCCCGGGUGGCCCCUGUGCUGGGGGCGGGCGCGCAGCCUCGCCUGUCCGUCAGAGCCCAGAAUAGCCGCCAGCAGCUCGGUCCCGGCUCGGGUUUCCCGCGAGGCCCGGGCUCCGGCCCACGGCCACCCCAGCCCCAGCUGCGCAUACUGCCGUCGGGGGAGAUGGAAGUCAUUUUCGGCGCCGGGCCCCUGUUCAGCCCCUCUGACUCGGCGGAUAGCAAGGUGCAACAGCUCACUGCCCCGGCUUUCCGCAGCCUCUCGCCGCCCCGGCCCGCGUCUCCCGUCCCCGCCCCACCGCAGCCCCAGGCCACCGAUGGUGGCUCCCGCUGGGCCACCUACUUGGAGCUGCGGCCUCGUGGUCCGAGUCCUGCCACCCCAGCGCAGUUCGAGUGUGUGGAGGUGGCACUGGAGGAGCGUGCUGCGCCCACCAGGGCUCGGACUGUGCCCAAGCGUCAGAUUCAACUGCGCCCCCGACACCGGAGUCCACCGCGGGAGGCCGGCGCGCCGCGCCCCCGACUGCUCCUGCGGACCGGCUCCCUAGACGAGUCUCUGGGCCGCCUGCAGGCUGCCUCGGGCCUCGUGCAGACAGCGCUGGCCAGAAAACUGAGCCCUGCAGUCCCUACCGCAAGCAGCGCCCCCUUCGGGCCCACCGAGCGGCCAGAGCCUGAGACUCGGAAAACGGCCCGCAGUACCCGAACGGUCCAGGAAGAUGCCAGGUCUCGGCCACCCCGCAUGCACUAUAAUUCAGCGCCCGCCAGAGCCCCACGACCGUGGCCCAGCCUCCGCGAACGCGCGAUUCGGCGCGACAAACCCGCGCCCGGAACUGAGCCGCUGGGUCCGGUUAGUUCCAGCAUCUUCCUGCAGUCAGGGGAGAAGACCCAGGAGAUGCACAACCAGGAACUCAAAACUAGGUUCCCGGGAGAGACUCCAGAUCAAACCAUCCUGAGGCCACAGAGUCCGCCUUUCGAGUCCAGGGACCCCUGGGAAGUUCUGAGUAAGGCAGUAAGGCCAAGGACACCGUCCCCGCUGUGGCAGGCUCCAAAUGGGCCCGUGCAGGGUUUUCACUGCCCGUUUCCCCAGAACCUGUCCCCGUGGAAUCGGGAUAUUCGGAGGGUGAGUAGUCCGUUGUCCCCCGAGGCAUCCCCUUCAUGGGAAAAUCAGGAGCCCACCGUCGAGGAAACUGUCAGCAGAAGAAGCCCUUCCCCUCCGACACUUUCCCAGUGGAACCUGGGUGUUGCCAGGGCAAGAAGCCCAUCCCCUGAAGCGUCUUCCCCGUGGGAGGUUCCGCAUCCGGCAGUCGGGGAUAAAGUACAGGGGAGUAGGAGCUCGUCCCCGCUGGCAUUGUCCUCAAGGGAGGCUCGAAAUCGUCCUGUUGGGACGUGGAGCCCAUUGCCCCAAGAGACGUGGGAUCCCACAGUGCCGGGCUCAUCGAUAACCUCUACGCGGGAAGGUCUGAAUGACGUAGUCCAGGAGAAGCGGGCGCUGCCUACGCCAUCCGCACCCGGCGAUCCAGAGCUAAUAGAGGUGCAGAGUUCGUCCACACGCGAGAUGCCAGAUCUUAUGUUCCGAGGCAGUCAGCCGUCUCCAGAGGUGGUUGCACCCGAGCUGCCCAUCAGUCGCCUCGCGGGCACAGUGGAUGUCGAUGAGCUCCCGGAAGCCUUGGGCCCUGGAGGUGUGACUUCGGGACGCCUGCGCGUGGCUAUUCCGCGCCCCCGCGACGUACGCAAGAUGGUGAAGACCACAUACGCGCCAAGCUUCCCCGCGGCAACUCCAAGCUCGGGACUGCCUGCGCCUCCUGCAAACCCCCGCCAAGAGGAGGGUGGCGCAUCGGUGACGCAAGAGCUCCAGGCACUGGGGACUCCAGCCCCAGCUCACUACACUUCUAUUUAUCUCAAGGACUUUCUGCCGGUCGUGUCGCACCCCUACGAGCCCCCAGAGCCGUCCCCCAACACAGUCUCCCGGGACGUUUCACAGCCCAACGGGGUCCUGCGGCGGAAGGCCGAAAACAGCACGGCGAAACCCUUUGCGCGCACUGAGAUCCGCUUGCCUGGUGCCCUGGCCUUGGGACGCCAGCCAGAGGGAACCCGGGGAGUCCUGAUGCGUGGUCCUGGAGGAGAGAAUCGGGUUGCGGAGGCCCCGCGUCUUGUCCCCGACGGCGAGAGUCAGAUCAGCCCUCUAGGUGGCGCUCGCAUCUUACCCCACCCGACACCCAUAGAGGCAACAGGGACCCAACCAUCCCGACCACUCCGCCCCGGUUCCCCUCAGGUGCACCCUAGCUCGAGCCCUGGGAUAGCACCCAAAUUGGAGACACCCCCUUUGGUCCCCGGGCCUGCGACUGCGGUCCAGUCGUCUCUCCUGCGAGAGCCCCAGGCGUUGGAGAGCAGAACAGCGCCGUCCCAGCCCCGCGCUGCCUCGGCGCCUCCGAUGGACCGGUCCCCAGAAGGCCCCUCCCAGGGGUCACGCAGGCCGCCUGGGGCCGCGCACGCGGGGAAGGUCCUGGUGGACCCUGAGAGCGGCCGCUACUACUUUGUGGAGGCGCUGCGGCAGCCUCGGCUACGGCUGCUCUUCGACCCCGAGAGCGGACAAUACGUGGAGGUGCUGCUGCCGCCCUCGCCCCCAGGGCCACUCCGACGCUUCUACACCCCGCUGGCCCUGGGCCCCGGCAUCUACUCGCCCGCCUAUGGGCCUGUCUCUGGCCUCUCACUGCCUUCAUCCCCGGGCCCGCCGCCCUUAAGUGGCACCCAGCUACCCUGGGCCUCUGAGUCGGGGUCCCUGGAUGGGAUGUACUACCUGUCUCUGAGUGGGACCCCUAGCUCCGCACCCCCUCUUCUCCUCUGUGCUCCUCCCACCAGCUCGGGUCCCACCCAGGCCAACAAAGGCUCCUUAUUUUCCGUGUGA